GCUGUUCACGGUGUAAAGAUGGCGCAAGCGUUAUCAGAGGAGGAAUUCCAUCGUAUGCAGGCCCAGCUUCUGGAGCUCAGGACCCAGAACUACCAGCUGUCCGAUGACUUGCGCAAGAACACAGCAGAGCUCAUUGCAUUCCGACUGAAGACCUCCACUCAAGAGAAAGAUCUAACAAAAGCACUGAAGGCUCUCAACAAGAGUAAGAAGGCUCAGGAGGUGGAUGCUCUGCUUAGUGAGAAUGAGAUGCUGCUGGGGAAGCUGCACAGCCAGGAGGAAGACUUCAGACUGCAGAACAGCACCCUCAUGCAAGAGCUGUCCAAGGUACAGCAGAAUCAUAUACCAGCCGUGUACCAACUGUACAGCCGCCAUCUCAAAGGCCGUGGUCUGAUCGUCGAGCUGGCCAAUUAAAGUGAAGGGUGCUGUUAGAUUUUGCAUGCCCUAUAAAAUAUGACCUUCUGUCUUGUGAAGCGUUUUGUGAUGGUGGUCCACUAUGAAAGACGCUAUAUAAAAUAAAGAUUGAUGAACCGACUGAUAAGAUGGAAGCAAGAGGUGGCGUGCUGGAUUUUCAAACUCACUCCAGCUUCAAAAUUGCAGUUGUAGGAACCGUGCAUUAUAUCAUCAGGGGUGGCCAACCGUGGUCCUGGAGGGUCCCUAUUCAGCAGGUUUUAUAGGUGACAUCAUCAGAGGCUAAAAAUCUGGAACACCUGUUAAUCUUGACUAAUUAAGCCAAUAAUUGGUUCAAUCAAGUAACUGAGCGAUUGGUUGAAAUGAAAACCAGCUGCCACAGUAGCUCUCCAGGACCAGGGUUGGAGACCCCUGCACUAGACCCUCCAAGGCUGGGCUGUCCAAGAUUAGACCGCUGAUCUAGUGAUCAGCCUGCAGCCUCUACAUUAGAAGGAAGGUUAGAACGGGGGUUCCCAAAAAUGUAGGUCGCGGGAGCAGUGACAUGCUAUAUCGAAUCCGCUGCCAAAGAAUACGUUUUGCAAAGUAUUAAGAACAAAACGGGCAGCUGCAGGAGUUUAAUGCAUUUGUACCACGGGCUCAGCUCUGAGGUGCUGGAAUGGGGUUUUUCUUUUGUAAAAGCGUUUUCAUACUAACGUUUGUACUUGAUAACAUUCAUUUAAAAAUUCAGUUGAUGCCUGUGAUGAGUACGUUUUUGUGAUUAAUUAGCUCUUAACAUUUAAAAUAGAGUACGUUGAUAUAUGUUUCAGUAUUAACUAAAUCAAGUUAUUAAUCAAACUGAUAAAUGUUGUUGCAUACCGGUAAUUGAUUUAUUAAAUCUAUGCUAUUUUAGUGUGUUUUAGAGUAGUGGCGAUAAAAGUAAAUUAUGCAAGGCUCUCGUUUCCUUCUGUAUUGUGCGCAUUCCUCUUGCUUGUGCAUGACAGUUCAGCGUGAGAGGUACCGGCUGGACGUUUUAGUUGCACGGCGUUCAGAAAUUAGGAUUUAAGAGUUAUGUUUUUGUGCACGCUGUACUGGCUUUACUCAAAAAGUGAUUCCUGUUCAGGUAAUAAUAGGGACGUGAACUUUCUUGUUUGAUGACCAAGAAAAAAAAGUGCAUUUCUAAAAUGUUAAGUUACA